GCUCUCCGUUACUGGAUGAGUCAUUUCAAAGCGAAGGCUCUGAAAGCUUAGACCUGGUCUUCAGAUAUUUAAGAAAUCGGAAAAGUUGAUUAAAAAGGGACUUUGUUAGCUGGUUAUCUGUGUGCGACGCUGUUUGUGAAGCUGGUUUAGUAGAGCUGCGUGUUUUAAAAGCGUGUUUUGUUUUUUUCCCCUAGAAAUCUAACAACAGCGUUGUUUACCGGGGAAUUUAUUCAUUGUAAAGAAAACUUGUCAAACAAACAAGAGAAGCAGUUUUGAUUUUGUAAAUAUUGGCUCUAACAUAUCUGGUUUUAAAGAUCAACAUAUCUGGGGGGUUUUUAUUUAUAAAUAAAUAAAAGAGAGAGAGAGAGAAAGCAACAGCAGCACAUUUUGUUCCCAGUGUGUGGAGAAAUGUCCGGGCUGUCUUUAAAAACUCAGCAGCAGGGGGAAGAAAAGGACAAUCCGGAUCUACAGAAGAAUAACAGACAGGUAGAGCUACCUGGAGAGCAACCUCAGACCGUCUUCGUCAUCCUCGAUUCAUCCGAAUCUCUCAAUCUGCUCAGAGUGGAACCACUUUUACCCGAGUCAGGAAUCGUCGCUGACAUCGAGGUGGACAGCAUCCUCACGUCCGAUUUGGACACCUUCUAUCAGCUUAAGAGUCAGCCCAUUACAGUCAGUGACUCAGUUGCUCCCGCCGCUCCCGCUGUGACCCUGAGCACGUCCGCCAUGUCCUCCCGUGUGUUGAUGAGGCAGGAGCUGAUGAGGCAGCAGGCGCAGGACCAGGAGAGGAGAGAAGCCCAGCAGCAGGCGUCCAGCGCUCAGCUUCGGCCCAUCGACUCGACUCCGGCCAUCUCCGUCUCGUCCUCUCUACCCAACGCUCUCCCCACGACCACGCAGGUCCCCGUGGAGGUGCUGAAGGUUCAGACUCACCUGGAAAACCCGACUAAGUAUCACAUCCAGCAGGCUCAGAGGCAGCAGGUGAAGCAAUACCUCUCCCACACCCUCGGCAACAGAGUGGCCAGUCAGCUGGCCAUGUCGCCCUCGCCCCAGUCAGGCUCCGCCCCCGAGCUGGCUCCGGCCGCCAGCAGCACUCCCAGCAGCCCCCUGGCUGUUCUGAGCCUCGGCUCCAAUAAAGAGGAGAUCGAUGGCGUAAUUGACGACAUCAUCAGCCUGGAGUCCAGUUUGAACGACGCCGAAUUCAUGACGCUGAUCGACACCGGGCUGCAGCUGCCCAACACGCUGCCAGUCUCAGGAAACCUCCUGGAUGUGUACAGCAGUGCCGGGAUGACCACGCCCACCAUCACCGUCAGCAACUCCUGUCCCGCAAACCUGCAGAACGUUAAGACGGAGCUGACGGGUACUUCAACCUGUUCCUCGAACCCAUAUGCCGAGGCUAAAGCUCUCAUCAAGGAACGGCAGAAAAAGGACAACCACAACCUCAUCGAGAGGCGGCGGAGAUUCAACAUCAAUGACCGCAUUAAGGAGCUGGGAGACCUCGUGCCUAAAUCCAGUGACCCGUCAGUAUCAAUCCCACAUGGCUCCUUCCCUGCAUCAGUUGAGAUGCGCUGGAACAAAGGCACCAUCCUGAAGGCGUCGGUGGAUUACAUCCGUAAGCUGCAGAAGGAGCAGCAGAGAGCUAAAGAGAUGGAGCAGAGGCAGAAGAAGCUGGAACACCACAACCGUGCACUGCUGCUCCGCAUCCAGGAGUUGGAGAUGCAGGCUCGUCUCCACGGCCUCGCUCCGUCUCAGCACACAGACUCCAUCAUCAACCAGCAGCAGCAGCCGCAGCAGCAGCAGCUCACACCUGUUCAGUCCAGCACAGAGCCCAUCUCCAAAACACUCCUCACUCUGGGCGGCCCGACAUUAAACCACACCCACGUCUCCUCUUUACUCUCCCCUCCCCCUUCUGCCUCUCCAGUGGGCGGGGCCAUGACCGUCCCUCUGGACCUGGGAACUCUGUCGUUCGGCGAGUUGGAUGACCACGCCUCCGUCUUCAGCUCCGGUCUGAUGGCGGGAGAAAUUGGCCUGGGCGACAUUCUGAUGGACGACGGCGGCGCCGACCCCCUGCUGUCCUCCGUCUCGCCGGGAGCGUCCAAGACCAGCAGCCGCAGGAGCAGCUUCAGCAUGGAGGAGGAUUUGUGACGGACACGUCGUCCCAUUUAACACUGAUUCAUGGGCUCCGUUAGCCAAACUGAACUAAGGUCUAACGUCUCUAUCCCUGCUUGCGCGUGAUGCAUAACCGGCCAAUCGAAGGCAGCGUAUCCCAAGGUCGACUGUCAUCAUAAUCAUAGUACUGUUUAAAGAAAAAUAAAAGAAAACAAAAAAAACAAGAUCAACAUGCAGCAUGGCUCUUGACUCCUGCGCUGAUGAAGAGACGCAUCUGACAACUUUUACCUCGGCAUUUUAGGGGUACCGGAGUUUACAAAGGAUCGUAGGAGUGGGGUUGUAAAGAAGACAAAGACGACGACGCUGCUAGCAGACAUGCGCAUAGAUUUUAAAAGGAUUUUAAGCAGCUGGCGAAACAUCUCUCUGUUGUUCUGCGUUAGAAGCAGAAGUAGGCAUUUUAUAUUUCUGUGCUCACUGACUGACCAACCAAACGCUUACAUCACGUACAUAUGAUUAUUAUUAUUAUUUUUCUUUUAAACAGCUCCUCCUUCUUACCAUCUCUUUCAGAAAACAAACCCUUACGAAUGAAUACAACAGCGGUAGAGCCGUUUCUACAGGCUGUCACCAUGCGCAUCAACAGAUGAUGAUUUUAUAAGAACAGGGAUCUCGAAAAAUAUAUUCAGCGCUCCCUGUGUAGAGAUUUUUCAGACGCACGUCUUGGUUAUUAUCGCUUCAUUCAGAGCAAGAGAUCGACUCUUAUAAUGCGAGAGGAUCGCGUUCACCUUUAUCGUGACCCCUGGUUGUUGAGAUCUGUUUAAUAGAUUUGUUCUCCAUUUCAUUAUUUCUUCUUCUGAGCUCAUGGGUUUGGGAGAACGCUUCCCGGAAUGUCUCCGUAAUUAAUUAAGAUAAAACGGGAUAUGAUGGACAUGGUCAGAUCGUUUGGGCUGGUUUUCUGGGGAUCAUUUGUAGAGUUGAAGACCUUUAUAUUAGGUUAAAGGACACCAGAGGCCACGGACGUGACGGAUUAGGGUGGGACUCGAAUCACAGAGAUGGGAGAAAUCAUUGACGUAUUAAUAUAAAGCUCUGAAGUGCAGAGUAUGUAAAAUUCAUCUUAAAUAAAAUCUUGUGAAGAAGAGCAGCAGAGAGCCAGUAAAGCAUUUAAUCAACACUAUAUGACGUAGAAUCUUAUACAACUCUUUAUAGUACAAAAGGUCAUCUAAACCUGCAGCUAUUAAUAAUGUCACUUCUGUUUAUUCUAAUUAGGACCACAUUGUUAAAUAAAUAAAUAAAUAAAGCCAGGACUGACUCUCCUGAUGGAUUUAAAUGUAAGCUUGUGUAUGUUAACAAACCGAGUUCUCAGUAACACCAGGCUUGAAUAAACAAGUUUCCCCGGUGGAAAUAAAAGAUCUGCAGCUGAACAUCACCACAAUUUUUACUGUUUAAAUUUAGGAAGUUGAUCCUGUGAGAAUCCCGCCUCCGAUUUUGCACCGCUUUUCGUUACAACGUCGAUAAUUACAUCAAUUUUUUUAUCCGGCUAAAACUCUUCUUCGCCGCCUUCGACUUUUUAAACGCUCUAGAUGUAAGCGGACGACGGCAUCGGGUUCGUUCAGACGGCAGAAAUUGUGCCCUGUAGUCCGUAAAAUACGCCUUUUAACGAUUUUUUUGUGUGUGUGUGUGUAUUUCGCAAAAAAAAUGACGACACGGCAUCUUUUUUACCCAAAAAACAGUGGAGAGACAACCUCCCUCAGGAAGAUGAGCGGCUUAAAAAGAUUCACAUCCUGUGCAGAUUUGCUUCAUUUCCUGUUGGGGGUUUUUGACUCCCUGCGGAACCUGAUGAUAAUAAUGAUGAUGAUGAAGUUUUGUCGCUCUAUCAGUUUCUUUUAUCCAAAUAAUCUAAAAUAA